AAUUGAGAAAAAAAAAAGCCAUACGUGGAAAUGUGUGUGCGAGAAGGUGCAUCCUGAAGCAGGGUUCAGUUGCAAUCGAUCUGGGAGAAAAAAUAAUAUUGCCUAUGGUCCAAAAAUAAGGAGCAGCUAUGUCCUUCUCUCAGUUCGGAUACCCCUACAGCACCACUUCACAGUUUUUUGUGUCAGCCAGCCCCAGUACGACCUGUUGUGAAUCUGCCUCCAGAUCCGUAUCGGAUGUUACCUCUGGAUCUGCCCAAGCUGCUACUCUUUGCUGUCCCUCUUAUGAGAACAGGCUGCUGGCCAGCACCAGGACGGAACUCAAUGCAGCUCUGGGGAUGUACAGUUCUCCCUAUGCAGCCGCCGCAGCGAGCCAGAGUUAUGCCAACUACCUUCCCUACAGUGCAGACCCGUCCACUCUCUACACCACGCUGAACCCGCAGUAUGAAAUUAAGGAUGGCACCAGCAGUUUGCACUCGGGAAUCGCACAGCCUGCUGCCUACUACCCCUACGAUCAUUCCUUAGGGCAGUAUCAGUACGACAGCAGGUAUGGGACCGUGGAUUUCAGUGGUUCGGCUAGACGCAAAAAUGCAACCCGAGAGACAACCAGCACCCUUAAGACCUGGCUGUAUGAACACCGGAAAAACCCUUAUCCCACCAAAGGGGAAAAAAUUAUGCUGGCCAUCAUCACCAAAAUGACUCUGACUCAAGUGUCCACUUGGUUUGCUAACGCCAGGCGCAGGCUCAAGAAAGAAAACAAAAUGACCUGGUCUCCUAAGAACAAAGCAGGAGAGGAGAGAAAAGAGGAAAACAAGAGAGAAGAGGAGGAAUAUGACUUGGAACCUGAAGGCAAAGCAGAUCAGAAAAGCUGCAAGGAAGAAAAGGAAUUAAGACUGAGUGAUCUGGACGACUUGGACGAGGAGGAAGCCGAGAAGCUAGACGGGGACCGAAAGGGCACCCAUCAAGAAGCCUCCAGCCUCAGCACCGCCUUGGCUGAGUCUGAGAAAAGCGACUGCAGCUUGACGCCACCAAGCAGUUUUCACACUUUUCCCUGUUCCAAAACCAGCUCAGCAGCAGCAGGAGACUUCUUAGAGACCGUGGGCCAAAAGCCAGGCCCCUUAGUGGGCACCAUGAGUCAAGUGCAACAAUACGAAACGACAGAAAAGCCCAGAAUCUGGUCUUUGGCUCACACGGCAGGUGCCAAUGUUAUAAUUGGCCCCAGCACCCCUGAACCAAGGACAGUGAGCCCGGACUGCUUGCUGCUCAGAGGACGGCACGCUGUCCCUGGGCACUGCAGUGAAGGGAGGCCCCUCGCCAGUCUAAGAACCCAGCCUGGUACUGACAGUGCGUUUGAAGAGCUGCCCCAGCCCACCAAGAUAUUCAGAAACUCCACUUUCAACCUCCAGUCAAUACAGCUGAACUGUGCUUCCUAUCCAGUCUUGGGGGAGACGUGCCAGUAUUCUUCAGGAGCUGAAGGGUUUGGGAGAAAUGUGAAACCUACCCAAGGAGCCAUAGAUCUCAGUGAAGCUUGCCUAGUACAGCAUAAAGACAAACUGAGAACAGCUUUUAGGCCAGUGCUGAAGAGCAGGUUAGCCUGUCUUUUUGAGAAUCCUGAAGAUGGUUCUCAGUCUGCAUCAAGGCUCUUGGCUUAAAACUAUCCUCCAUGAACAAUGAUGAUCUCCACUCCUUGAAAGCAUUAACUGUGAUUCUCGCUUCCCUCCCCCUGCGAUGGGGAGCGGUCAUACCAAUUGCACAACUUGCUUUUAACAAAUGGAUGAGACUUAACACACAAUCGGAAACAGGACGGAGGAACUGUAAUAAAUUCUAGACCUUGUCUCAUGCACUGGAUCAUUGUAGUUUCGCACAAGUUUACAAAACAGUACUCCUUCCCAUCUCUGAGUCCACUGCAAGCCACAUCGUCCUCAGUGUACAACUACUUUGUCAUUUGUUAAACCCCCAGUGAUUGUCUUUACCAAAAAAAGGCCAAACAUUUUGUUUCUUUCGCCCACAUUGUGUCUUCCUUUAAACUACUACUUUCAUUUUCUUUUCUUCCUCUGGUAAAGUAUCUUUGUAAAUCAUAAUGUCUGUGUUUGUUCUGGGGAGACAGAGAGAGGGGUAUGGUUUAAGUUAAUAGUGCGACAUGCAAGGCUGUUUCUUUUCUGUCAUUGUACAAGGAUAUGGCUGAAAGUAUUUUUAAGAGUCUCUAAUUAAAGCGGAUCAGCUGAAUGGUGUGAAUCCGUCUUGUGAACCUCUAGAACUGGUAACCUCACUCUGAGCUGCUCACACCCGUGACACGUAGGGCGAUUGAUUUCCCAAGAGUGUUGGAUUUCUCCUCACCCCUACUCCUUUAAAAAAUAGUUUCCCUCCCCCUUGCAUACUGGGACAAAAAAACCGGGUGGGUACCCCUGGAAGUUGGAAGUCUAGCAACUGGUUUGUAGUGGCAAAGUAGGACAUUGUUAGUGGGUCACAUCACCACCAUCCAGUUUAAAGAGCAGUGCUGUGCUUUACAAGACAGACAAGAAAGGGAAACCGCAUCUCUGCAUUGUUUCUGUUUAAUUAAAAGUGUCAUCAAACACUUUCUUGUCGAACUAAUAAACCGCGCAUAGAUGAGGAAAGAAUGUUUCUUUGUUUCUAGAAGCAGUGGCAAUAAUUUAAAUUAAUAACUGUGGUAAUUAAGAGGUCAUCUAUAGAUCAACCCGAUACCAGCUAUUUCCAAGUUC